CUAAAUUAUCGAUUAUGCUACUAAGCAAUUCCCACAUGGUUCUUCCGGGAAAUCGAUCAAUUAUUAUUUCGCCGGGAAAUUUCACGGCGAGUCCGAAAAGUCCGUUAGAUAUGAAAUUUCCGUCGCCUGGUAGGUCGAAGAGGUACGAUAACGGCGGGAUUGGCUUAGGAAUCGUUGCCGAACUCGAGAAAUCCGGCAUCUUCAGGAUCAAUCGGCACCAAAUUUCGCCGAGACAAAACCUGGUUUGCUACUCUGAGUCCGGUUCGAAUAGAUUCAACUCUGUUCACUGUGCCCGGAGAUUCCAAUUCCCAGCGGAGAUUGAGAUUGAUCUCUCCGAGGAAUACACUUGCGUCACGAGUCGCGAUGGCGUGACCAGAGUCUAUUACAACGACGGCGAGUUUGAAUUUUGUCAGAAUCGAUCGGACAGUGAUCGUAGAUGGGAUAAAUCGAUGGAUAUCGCCGACAAAUCACCGGCGAAGAAGAGGGAGGUAUUAAGGGAUACUCCAUAUUUCUUGAGUUUGUGUUGCUUGUGUAAGAAGAAACUUCAAGGCAAAGACAUUUACAUGUACAAAGGAGAUAAAGGAUUUUGCAGUGUAGAGUGUAGAUCGGUAAAUAUAUUGGAGGAAAAUCUAAACGUACAACAAAAAUCGGCAAGUGUUGAGUUUUUGAACUCUCCGUCCGCCGGACGAAAAAAAAAUUCCGCCGGAAUAUUCGUAAUAUAGGAACUUACUAAUUUUGAGAUUUGAUUGAUUGGCUGAUGCUACCUCAAAAUUCUUAUACUUCUUUCUUUGUCAUAAAGACAUAUAUCGUUAUGAGUUUUGUAUAACUAGACAACAAAAACCUCGAUAGAAAAGACAAGAAAUUUUCUAGUGUU